UGCAGGGAGCACAUUUCACAGGGGCAGUGCUGGCUCUCUAACACACAUACACACACACACACACACAAACUCUCAUGCUGUUACCGAACUCUCAAACACACACACAAACAGGCACGCGCUCACACUGACACACUCACACAACACAUACACAUUAUCUCCAAAGAUACUCAUUUCCCCUGAGCUGGAUGCCUCUCUUUCAGGGAAAGGACAAACUGCUUUGAGGAUUUAACUUGGCUUUCUUAUAAAAAAGAGAGCGAGAACAGACAGAAAAAGGAGAAAGAGGAGGGAUUAAUUUGAGGACACCUUUCUUCACUGGAGAUGUACAACUUGUCAGCAUGACACUUUGUCUGGAUUCCCCUCUCCCCCUCAGGCAAAAAUCCUGAAAAUGAUGGAUGACAACAAGCAGUUGGCUCAGCGCAUCGACGGGGCAAUCCAGUCCGCCAGCCAGGAGGUGACAAACCUGCGGUCAGAGCUGAGCGCCACCAGCCGCAGACUGGCCGAACUGGGGGCAAGUGACUCUGCCAGCAUGCUUGAGACCCUGCAGCAAAACCACAACGAUCCCUCUUCCCACCGAGGCAGAAGCCGCCGGCCACUGACCUCUGCUACAAGACUGAAAUCAGCAGUCUAAUGGACUUCAACUCUCCGGACGCUUCACUGGACAAAGUCCUGCUGCGUGAGGAGGUGGCCCAGCUCCAGGAGGAGGUGCACCUGCUGCGGCAGAUGAAGGACAUGUUGAGUAAGGACCUGGAAGAGACCCAGGGAGGCUGCUCGGCCGACGUGCUCUCUGCCACCGAGCUCCGCGUGCAGCUGGCUCAGAAGGAGCAGGAGCUGGAUCGAGCCAAGGAGGCUCUGCAAGCCAUGAAGUCGGACCGUAAGCGCCUGAAGGUGGAGAAGGCGGACCUGGUGAACCAGAUGCAGCAGCUUUAUGCCACACUGGAGAGCCGGGAGGAGCAGCUUCGCGACUUCAUACGCAACUAUGAGCAGCACAGAAAAGAGAGCGAGGAUGCAGUGAAGGCGUUGGCCAAAGAGAAGGACCUGCUGGAGCGAGAGAAGUGGGACCUGCGGCGGCAGACCAAGGAAGCCACGGAGCACACAGGGAUGCUGCGCUCCCAGCUUGACCUCAAGGAGAACCGCAUCAAGGAGCUGGAAGCUGAACUGGCCAUGAUGAGUAACAGUGUCAAUCAGAGAAUGGAGAUCCGGGUGUUUGAGCGGGUUGCGGACAGGGACUACUCUCCUAGGGUCAUGGCGGCCAAACAGUCACUAGCAACCCUGACCAAGGAUGUGCCCAAGCGCCACUCUCUGGCCAUGCCCACGGAAACAGUUGUCAACGGCAACAACCAGGAGUGGGUGAUGCAGGCUGACCUUCCCCUGACGGCAGCCAUCAGACAGAGUCAGCAGACCCUCUACGUCCACACGGGCCAUCCCACAGACAGACAAGUGGCUGCCGUGCGAGUGAGCCCGUGCCACUCGCGUCAGCCCUCCAUCAUCUCCGAUGCGUCGGCGUUGGAGGGAGACCGGUCAUCCACACCAAGCGACAUCAACUCACCACGCCAUCGGACUCACUCCCUCUGCAAUUCCCUAGAAGAUCUGGAGGAGGCGAAGCGUAAGAAGAAGAAAGAGAAGAUGGGGUUGGGCUCUCUGUCGCGUGUCUUCGCCCGGGGGAAGCAGCGCAAGUCCCUCGACCCUGGUUUGUUUGAUGGUACUUCAACGCCUGAUUAUUACAUAGAGGAAGAUGCAGACUGGUAAAGCACACUUGUCCGAGCGAAACCAGCUGGAGAGCCUUUCAUGGCAGUGAUCAGAAGACAGCAUUGUGUUGUGUGUGUGGGUGUGUGUGUGUGUGUGUGUGGGAGAGGAUGGGUGUGUGUUUGAUGUCAGCGUGUACAGAAAUAAUAAUGUGUGUGCCUGCGCAGUCUCACACACAUCCAUACUUCCAUGUGUGUGGGAGUGUUUGCAUGCGUGUGUCGUCCAUGGUCAGAGGCCAUGUGAGGAGCUGGGGCCGCGUCUAGCUUCGCUGAUGUGUGAACCUUAACAAGCAAAAUGCACCUGUAUGUAUGUACAGUCCUGUAAAUAGAGUGGACAGUGUGACACAGCGACCAUGUGGAUAUGUUCUACUGUAUCUGCCCUCCAAAACGGCUGUGUAUUUGAAUCUUUAAAUUGUUCUUUACAUUUUGACUUUUUGUUUUCACUCAACUGGAAACUUGAAGGACUGCUGUACUUGUAAAUAACAACAGUUGAUGUGCACUUUGUGCGUGUAAAUGUCUCCUUGUCCUGAAUGCCUUUUGUUAUUUUUUGACAUGUACUCCCCUCCUCUCACUACCUUUUUAACUUGAACUCCUCCCUGUUUAUUGUCCUGCUUGGUCCAUCCCCCCUCCUUCCCCGCUGCCAUGAUGAGAACAGUUUCCUGUCGGCAACAUGCAGACUCCUCAAAUCCGCCUCUAAUUCGGUCGUACAACACAUCCCUCAGCCGCCAAGAAAACUGCACUCCUUGAUGUUCACUCAAUGAAACUUCAAAGACGAUGCUAAGCGAGGAAUUAACUUUCUAUGCAGAACAGUUUGUUCCACAAGCCAAACAGGAAAUGUAAAAAAUGUGUUUUCUAUCCGUCAAGAUAGAAGGUACAUGCCUUAGGUACAUGUGUGACAUGCAUGCACAUAGUCCCGGUCCCCAAAUGCAUGUUGAACAAAACCCUGCUAAACAGAUAUGUCUUUCUCUGGGUAUGUUGUCGAGGAGGGGUUAAAAAAAAGAGAGGUCAGUUACUAAUUUCAUGAUGUUUAUUCAUGAUUUUCUCCAUUACAAAUUAAGUUAUUAGAUUUGUUUUGUAGAGCCUAACAUCCAAAACUAAACAUAGAACGUUUAAUCUGCACAUACAAGGCUCUUUAUGCAAAUUUACAUUUAAAAUAUAUAAAAGGUCAGCAAAGUCAACAGUCAAAAAGAAAACCCAGCACUAUACUUUGAAUGAUUAAGAUAUGACCCCACUUAUUUAUGAGGCUUUGUACCAUUUUCUUACUGUAGGAUCUUACAGUAGCUUGUAACUUUAUCGUUUUAUUAAUACUUAAUAAGUCUGUUGUGAGUAAAAAUUAUUCUAAAGGAAAAGUUAAUCUAAAAAAAGAAAGCUAUUAUAAUAGCAUAGGAUAUUGUAGAUAUUACGCUGAUGGUCAAGGCUUUUCCAAACCUCAGGAAUUAGGUCAAUUAACCAGAAAAUCUGAACUUCAAUUUAAAGGCCUGAGUGUGAGGCAGACAUUAAAUGAACUGUUAUAACAAUAACGAGUGCCAACCGAGCUUAAAAAUCAUAUUUAAGCAGGUUAAUCAAACUGAAGCAAAUUCAUACCUUCUCCCACGACCCCCAAAUUCUGAUGCAGAGUUCAAGCCACCAGCUGAAAAAAAAAGCAAUUAACUUUGUGCCAAAGGUUAAUAGCGUUUCUUCAAGCACAAGAAUGACUAGAGACGUUGGAUUAUUUUCAUCCUUUCAUUGGAUGGAGCCGGAGUCUGCACUGCCACCCCCAGGAAAUCUUUUCUCUCUCCCUGAUAUUAAACUAACACUGGGUAUUUGUCAGUCUAGAGUCACAGAUUACAAUGGAGCUGUGUUCAGCCACAGUGCUUGUCAAAGAUUAUCAUUUAGCUCAACCUGCAUUCUGGCUCGCAGAUAUUGGAUUUAGAGGUGAAUCCCGAAGGUAAUUCAUAGAUAAGUCACCAUGUAUUUAAUUGUAUGUAUAAGAACAACAGCUCAACUACUUUAUUUCAUUUAGCAUUUAAUGAGAUGUAUGGAAGUCUAGGCUAUUUUUUCAUUUAACAGACCUCUGCUGAGGUGGAAAAAAACAUAUCAAAUGAAAAACAUUGUAUUAUUUUUAUGUUUUGAGCCACGGUCUCUUGGUUUUUUUGUUUUUAUUUUCCACAAAUAUUUUACUUUUUGUAAAUGAGAUAACAUUACAGAAAUAAAAUUAAUAUUAUUAUUAAAGAGUUUUUAUUUAAAGUCAAAGAUGUAGGCCUCAUUGGAGGACUUCUAUUGUGAGGUCCUGAGAUGUUUAGAAUUGGAUAUAGUAGCGAACUUUUAGAGGCAUGGCAACAAAAUUACGCUCAAAAGAACUAAGAAUAAGAUUAUUUUAAAACAAAAUAAA